GUGCGUUCCACUUUAAAAAACCGUCCACGCGCGGAACGUUAGAUUUGAAGUUUGUGACCGUUAGGAAGCAGCUCUCUGUCUACUUCAAAAAUCGUCCAUAUAUCCGUGUUUAAAUUGAGAUAAAUGAUUUAAAAUACAUUUACAUUUUAACAUUUUAAUAUAUUUUUUAAAAUAUCCGUCUAACUGUGCUGUGAAGACCGGCAGUGAACCGCCUUCCCCGGGGGGAGUGUUGACGGUGCGACACCAGCCUGGAGAAGACGCUGCUCGCAGCUCCUCGCUGUGAAAUAAAUUGUUUUAAUCUCUAUUUUUCGUCAAAUAAUUUAUAUUUUAUCCGUCGCAAAUGAGUCGCAGAGGAGACAGCGAUGAUGACAGCUGCGGUAAACGGAGGGUCGCGUAUGUUUACAGCCCGGAGUACAUCGAGACGUGCGACAGUUUAUCCAAAGUACCAAACCGGGCGAGUAUGGUCCACUCACUAAUAGAAGCCUAUGGACUCCUUAAACAUAUGAGCACCAUUAAACCUCAAAUGGCCUCCAUAGAGGACAUGGCCAAGUUCCACACAGACUCUUACCUGGAGCAUCUUCACAAGAUCAGCCAGGAUGGAGACAACGACGACCCCCAGUCAGCCGACUACGGACUGGGUUAUGACUGUCCCGUGGUGGAAGGGAUAUAUGACUAUGCGUCAGCAGUAGGGGGCGCUACACUGACAGCAGCACAAUGUCUGCUGGACCAGAAGUGUGAAGUGGCCAUCAACUGGGCAGGAGGCUGGCACCAUGCCAAGAAGGACGAGGCGUCAGGUUUCUGUUAUGUGAACGAUGCUGUGUUGGGGAUCCUCAAACUGAGGGAGAAGUACGAGAGGGUCCUCUAUGUGGACGUCGACCUGCAUCACGGGGACGGUGUGGAAGAUGCUUUCAGCUUCACAUCCAAAGUCAUGACUGUCUCUCUGCACAAGUUCUCUCCUGGAUUCUUCCCAGGGACGGGUGACGUGUGUGACACGGGGCUGGGUAAAGGCCGUUGGUAUGCCGUCAACGUCCCGCUGGAGGACGGCAUCAAGGAUGACCGAUACUACCAGAUUUUUACCAGUGUGAUGCAGGAAGUGCGAGCCCAGUUCAACCCAGAGGCGAUGGUCAUGCAGCUGGGUGCCGACACCAUGGCGGGCGACCCCAUGUGUUCCUUUAACAUGACCCCAGUGGGGGUGGGCAAGUGUCUGCGGCAUGUCUUGGAGUGGCAGCUACCUACACUGCUGCUGGGAGGAGGAGGUUAUAACUUGGCUAAUACGGCUCGUUGCUGGACCUACCUGACGGCGGCAGUGCUGGGAAAGACUCUGUCCUCUGAGAUACCAGACCACGAGUUUUUUACAGAGUACGGGCCCGACUACUCGCUGGAGAUCAGCCCCAGCUGUCGACCAGAUCGCAACGACACCAAACACCUGGACCAGGUCAUCAGCACCAUCAAAGGUGUGUGUUUGUAUUUGGUGUGUGUUUGUAUUUGGAUGCACAGGGAAUUUAAAGAAUGUGGUUUAGGGGUCGGCAGCAGCCUCCUCCUCCUCCUCCUCCUCCUCCUCCUCCUCCCCCACACACCAUGUUUCCAAACCAGGUCGGCGCUCGGCGGCUUUAAUGAAGACAAUAUGGAGCGGACCCCUUCGGCCCCGAGGCGCGGAGCGAACGAGGGAGGGAUGAAGGCAGGAAAAAGAGAGCGAGUUUUGGAAAACAUUAGCUGAGUGUUUCCAGGGGAAAACAGUUUAAUAAGGGGGGGGAUGUGGUUUCUGUACAGUGUUCACUGUUUUUAAUCCUUUUGUUUUCUACAAAAAAAGGUAUGUGUGUCUGCGUGAAUGAGAGUCUGCGGUGUGUGUGGAGGGGUUUUUUUUUGUUGUUUUUUUUUACAGUCAGUGCACCCAGAGGUUUCUCCUGAACAUCCAGUCAGUCGGAUAUUUUCAGCUAAACACAAAAACAGAUUUUUUCAGGUGUCCGGUUUCACGUUCACCCCGGUGCUGCUGUCGUUUCAGCCCCCCCGGGGACAGAUAAGCACUAAAACAGACAAACAGUGAAGUCCCCCAAAACGCCUUGUUAUACCUGUAAAAAAGAAACACAAAAAAAACAAAAAAACACUGGCUCCGGAAAGUCCUGAAAAGUACUUUAGAUGGAUUGAGAAACUUGGAAAGUCUGGAAUUUUUUUGGGGAAAGCAGACGGUUAUAGAAGUUCAUAUUCUCAGCCACAUUGUUUAGACCUCCGGGCAAAAACGCUGUAAAUGAAACAUCUGGACACAGUUUGUUAUUGUCUGUCAAUGGAGGGAGGAAAAAAAAAACCUUUAACUUUCUCUGCAUAUUUUCCGUUUAAAAUUCCAAAAGAUUUCUGAACUUUUUUGGGAGAAAAGCAAGCAGAAAGAAACCUCGACAAGAAGGUGAAAUCCAUUCACUUCUACGCAAUAAACAAACAUGGCUGCUGCUCAGAGAUUGGCAGGUUUUCUCACAAGGAGUUAGAUAAAACCGUCUCCAAACCUUUUAACCCAUUUAGGCCUAAAACGUCUGUAAAAAAAAAAAAAAAAAAAAAUGCAAUUCAACAGAAGUGUCAACUCUUCCUACUAAAUAAUAGAUUUUUCAGCCUCUGUAGCAGAUAGAAAUGAAAUUCAAAAAGUAUUUGAGAGCUUAUAGCUGUUAUAUCUGAGCUCCCUCCGCUAUAGUCGUCUUCCGCCAUGAUUUCAGUUCUGGAAAAGUCCCAUGAUGCAUUGUGACACUCCCACAUGUAUUCUCAUUUUGUGUCUUUUUUUAAUAAUUUUGUGUCUUUUUUUUAGUCAUUCUGUGUCUUUUUGUUUCUUUCUUUGGUCAUUUUGUGUCUUUUUGUUUCUUUGGUCAUUUUGUGUCUUUUUUGUCAUUUUGUGUCUUUUUGUUUCUUCUUUUGGUCAUUUUGUUUCUUUUUUUGCUCAUUUUGUGUCUUUUUGUGAUUUUGUUUCAUUUUUUGGUCAUUUUGUGUCUUUAUUCAUUUUGUGUCUUUUUGUGUCAUUUUGUGGUAAGUUUGUGUCUUUUUUUGCUCAUUUUGUGUCUUUUUUUGGUGAUGAUUUCAAAGUUUUGGAAAAGUCCCAUGUUGCAUUGCGACACUCCCACAUGUGUUCUGAUGCAUUUCAUUGGCUGAAAAUAGGUGGAAAAAAACUAGAAAUACUACAAAACGACUAACCGCUUCCCUGGUUUUAAUGGUAGAAAUGCGGUAAUGCUUUCCCGCCUUAAAUGGGUUAAAUGUAGCUGCAGCGUUCCCUAAUACUAAUGUAUAAUUUGUAGUUUUUCUUACAGUUCUUUCUGUAGGCCUUUAAAAAUGAUUCCCAAAAUAGCUGCAUCUGAUUAUUUCCAUGUCUGUACAUGUUUGGAAAAUGUAGUUUAAAUCCCCACAGCUGUCUUGUUUGUGAUGUGGCACGUUAGUCACAUUGCACAGCUGCACAUCAGAAUCCUCAUAAAGAAGACGAGGUGCAUGUGGAAAAACAAGUGGAGUUUUAUGUUUGCAGCAUCACAGAAACUAUUUGCACGAACAGAUGAAAGAUUGCAUUGAUCGGUCCCGGUGUUCAGGGUUCAAUUAAUGUUUAAGAAGUUCAUGUUUGACAAAAAUUAAGUUUUUUAAAGACUUUUUAACUACAUUGUUGUGUUUGUCCUCUGCGCCAAACUUCAUUUGCUGCAAGAUUUGCUCAAGAAAAGUGAAAAGUGAAAAGUUUUUGUGAAGUGACAUGAAUUCAGGUGCAAAAAUACUUUCAGGCAUUAAAUUCCUUUUGUAAUUUUUUUUUCCAGUUACAAUGUUUGUCAUCUUUUGUCGUUUUAUGUUGAUUUUUUCUUGCAAGUUUUCAAGAAAAGUUGAAAAAAAAAGGUGACUUUCAUGUUUGUCAGCAGUGAAAAGUUUUGUCACGUUACCAUUAAACACUGUGGCGGAAGUUAUCUUUAAAAUUGUUACUUUUACUUAAGUUGCUGAGGUUAAGAAUUGUUUUUUCUUAUGGUCAGUUAAAAAAUGAAAGAUGAGGCAGAUUUUUUGAAUUCAGGGUUUGACUUUUAAUUUGAAAGAUUGCAUUGAUCAGUCACAGUAUUCAGGGUCAGGUACUUUAAAAAAUAAGCUCGUAUUUGACUUGAAAAAUUGUAAUUUUACAAAAAUAUUGCUUUUUUUAGGAGCAUUUAACUGCAUAUUGUGGUUUUCUGCGGCUUCAAACUUACCUUCCAUACUUCACCUGCUCCAGGAAAAGAUAAAAAGAAAAAUAUUUCAUCAAACUAGUUUAAUUGCAGGAAAUAAAAACUAUUUCAGGCAUUGCAAUCCAUAAUGAGUUACAUUAUAUCUGAGGAUUUAGUCAAGACAAGUCAAAGUUUAUUUAUAGAGCACAUUUAAAAACACAAUACAAUACAAAACAUAUACAAAUAUAGUUAUUAAAAAAAAUGAAAGCAAUAAAAUGCUAAAAACACUAAAACAAUAAAAUAGUAAUAAAAACUCAAUCUAAAAACAGAGUUAGAGUUAAGAAUCUUUGGCUUUUUUUUACUUUUUUAUUUAUUUUUUAACUCUAACUCUGUUGAAAAAUGGGAAAUUCCUAUUUCCCAUUUUAAAUUUUAUUAUUCCUUGUUUCUUUCGUUGCAGAUUUUUCCCAAAAAGUUGAAAAACAAAAGGAAAAUCCUGACUUAUCUUUCACAUUUUAAUAAGCUGCUGACUGAAAGAAAAACACUUUUUUACCGUUAUAAUAAAUGUAAAAGUGGCACUUUUAAAGGCAAAUUCCACCUAAAUAUUUAAAUCUCAAUCUUUGUAUAUUCACUGUACUGUAACUUGCUCAUUUGACCAAAACUGCAGACAAACAAGAAAUCUUGUGUUAGAAUGUUUCAGCAUUAAAGUUCAUCCAGUUGUUCUUUUUUUUUUUUUAAUGUUUAUGCAUUUGCAUUGCUUCACAGAAUGACUUUUUAAUAAACUGUUGGCAUGUGUUGAUGUACAUACCACGAGCGUUUUGUUGGAAUAAAUGCCAGAAGAGCA